AUGAAUUCUCUGUCGCUCAACCGAGCCGCUCUCGAUGAGUUUGUCACUUCGCGGGUCACCCGCGAAAUGGUCACCUACCUGGCCCAGCAGGCAGCCCAGGUCAUUCGAUGCGAAGCCCAUGUGACCAACACUGUCAACCAUGGCCAACCUACACCACCCUCUACUCCUCCCAUGGAAAAUACCGACCUACCUGCUCUGCCUUCAAUUGAACAAUUCAUUACAUCCCUCGUCACCAGAUCCCAGGUACAUGUAUCUACCCUCAUGAGCUGCCUUGUCUAUCUCGGCCGUCUUCGAUCCCGUCUGCCACCAGUCGCAAAGGGCAUGCGCUGCACCGUCCACCGGAUCUUCCUGGCUUCACUCAUUCUCGCCGCGAAGAAUCUCAAUGACUCAAGCCCCAAGAACAAGCAUUGGGCUCGUUACACCGUUGUCAAGGGCUUCGAGGGUUUCGGUUUCUCACUGCCCGAAGUUAACCUUAUGGAGCGCCAGCUUCUCUUCCUCCUCGACUGGGAUUUGCGCAUCACCGAAGAAGACCUCUUCACCUACUUGGAGCCUUUCCUGGCCCCUCAUCGCCAGCGCUUGAUUGCCCAGGAGCGCGAGCGCAAGGCCGAAGAGGAGCACCGCCACAAACAGCAGCAACACCGCGAAUGGCGCCGUCUUCACGCAUCAGCGGACCUGCUGGCCAGCCGCCUCCGUCGCCAGAAGCUCGAAGCCCGCGGUGAACGUCGCGACACCACUCUUCGUCGCCUUCCAAGCCACGCCUCUUGCCCAACAAUGAACAACAUCAACACUACCACCAACAUCCAAAACACCGCUGAGCACGAUCGCUACAACCCAUACACCCGCCGCUCUCCAACCAGAGCCAAUCGCUCCAUCUCCCCACCAUCCGUUCGCGAUGUUCCUCCUCUCUCGCACGCCGAGACAUUCAACUCCCUUUGUUCGCGAUCUUCCAGCAUCGCCCCAAGCUCACGAGGCACACCUGCCUCCAUCAGCACAGUCUCGUCUGGCGCAGACGAUCUCACCUUCUCCGACCAAUCUCGCAGUCCCUCGUCUCUCUCUUCCCUCAGCUACAGCUACGUCAAUGUCGGUCCCACCGACAAGAAAUUCGAACCCACCCGCCAACCUUCCAAGAAGAUGAAGGUCGGCGGUGCGCACAGCGGCUUCGUCGCUCGCUUCCUUGCCUCCGCGACUGGAUCGUACAUGGGCGGCCGUCGCUCUCACUAA